UCCCUUUUUCGCAGUGUCACAGGCUGCAAACUGAAAACAGUCGUUUUCUGCUCGAAACGGUCCACCACACUUUAGACACGACCUUUAGCUGUUUUAAAAUUAUACUCCGGUUUGUGCUUGUGGCACUUUACCUGUUUAUUUGGCUGUGUACAACUCCUGCAUGUCAGAGUGGUAGACUCACACAGCCCCAGCGGCUUACCGGCAGGCCUCGCUGUUCACCGACUGACCACCAGUCCUCACGCCGCCGUUGGGUGGGUCCGGCUCGGCCACAGAGGCAGCAUGGUCCCGGUGCAUCGCUAGCCUCGUGUGAUUAAAAGCGACAGCAAGGGAUGAAUGGUAUCUGUGGUGAACUGUUUAGCUCGGAUGUUACUGGAGUUUGUUUCUAAGAAUGAACGGCACCCAGCAGAGUGAUACGAAAAGGCAGCACCUCCUGGAGAGGCUGCUGGAUGCUGUAAAGCAGUGCCAAAUCCGCUUUGGAGGAAGAAAGGAGAUUGCCACAGACUCAGACAGCAGGGUGAUCUGUCUGUGCGCCCAGUUUGAAGCAGUUCUGCAGCAUGGUCUGAGGAAGAGCAGAGGUCUGGCCCUCACAGCUGCUGCUCUCAAGCAGGCUGCAGGCUUCAGCAGCAAGACUGAAACAGAGUUGACUUUCUGGUUUUAUGUAAAGGAGCACCUGAACCGCCAUGAGCUCCAGCGAUUUUACUCCCUACGCCACAUCUCCUCAGAGCUUGGCCGAGGUCGCGCCUGGCUGCGCUGUGCCCUGAACGAGCACUCGCUGGAGCGCUACCUGCACACACUGCUGGCUGACCGCCCACGUCUCGGAUCUUACUAUGAAGACUGGGCUUUUGUGCUUGAUGAAGAGAGAGCAAGUAUGCUUCCCACCAUGGCUGCAGGUUUGAACUCCAUUCUGUUUGCCAUUAACAUUGACAACAGUGACCUGAAUGGCGGUGUAACACGUGGAAGCUCCUCAGUGUCGCACCUCCUCAAGGAGUCCACGCAGGGCAUCGGCAGCCUGUGGAAAGAGUCCACUCAGGGGGUUAGCAGCCUGCUGCGAGAGAUCAGCACAGCCACAGCUGUGGUGCCCGGCUUCACCCCCAAAGGGGAUGGAGCUUCCGACCCACUCCCUGUGGUGCCCCGCAGCACAUCUGCCGACUCAGGGCUGAGGAAGGAGCGGCGGAAGAAAAAAAAGAUCACCAACAUCAUUUCCUUUGAUGAUGAUCUGGAUGGAGGAGCUGAGGAUGAGGAGGAGGGGGAAGAGGACUCCCAGAAGAUUGGUGGGAUAAGGAAGAGUCACACUGCUCCUGCUCAGAGCAGUGUGGAGGAAGGGAUAGACCCUUUAGAGCCAGUCUUCUCUGAGUUGCCUGCCCAGAAUGGCGUGGCUGAGCCAGGCAUAGUCAGCUGGGUGGGGUCCCCCCAUGCCUGCCGCACACCUCCCAUAACAACACCUCCGCUGCUUGACAGUAAAAGUGUAGACAACGAGGAGGAAGAGGAAGAGGAGGAGAUAUAUAAGCCUAGAGCACAAACCCAAGAGGAGGAGAGGAUACCGUCUGAUCAGGUGGUGGUGGGCAGUUUGUCCAGUGUGUCCACGUGGAGCCCGCUACAGGUCAUGGCUGGACACAGCAGCUCAGACAUCCUCAUUCCUGUGAACCCUGCUGACCCUCAGUCAGUGAGCUCUGUGGAGGACACAGCUGCAUUUCCUGUUCAGUGCGAGUCGGCAGGAUCAGUGGGCAACUGUGAGAGCGGCGGCAGACCGCAGCUCACAUUCAAUAUGGAGUCCAGUCCACCAACGCAGUCUGCUCCGCUUUCCAGUGCGCUGUCAACAUCUGCUCUGCCCGAGUCCAUGACAGUGGUGGAGCUGCGGCAGGCCCUUGUAGCCAUGAUGAACAGGAAGGACGAGCUGGAGGAACAAAACACGUCUCUUCGUAGUCUGCUGGAUGGUGAGAUGGAGCACUCAGCAGGCCUGAGGCAGGAAACUGAUCUGCUGAAGAAGAAGCUGGCAGAACUGGAAGAGAGGCACUCAGCGAAGGUCCAGGCGCUGGCCAGGGAGAACGAGGUCCUGAAGGUCCAGUUGAAGAAAUAUGUGGGGGCGGUACAGAUGCUGAAGAGAGAAGGAAGCCAAGGCAAUGAUGCCCUGUCGGUGUUGCGGUCAAGUGAAGAGCAGGCCCCCAUUCCGCAGAAUAAGUCCAUGGGUGACAUUGAGGAGCUGGCUGCUAGCUAUGAACGCAAACUCAUCGAGGUGGCCGAGAUGCAUGGUGAGUUGAUAGAGUUUAAUGAGCGCCUGUACCGUUCACUCAUGGCCAAAGACCACCUCAUAGUCCAGAUGAGACAGGAGCUCAUUGACCUGAGAGGACCGGUUCCAGGUGAUUUAAGCCAGACGUCAGAUGACCCCAGCAUGUCAGAUUUUGAGACGGCUCAUCGCGCUCUCAUCAACGUAUGGAUCCCCUCUGUGUUCCUGCAAGGCAGAGCUGCCAAUGCCUACCACGUCUAUCAGGUGUAUAUCCGCAUCCUGGACAAUGAGUGGAAUGUGUACAGGCGUUACACCGAGUUCAGGGAGCUCCACAAUCAUCUGAGAUCACAGUUUCCACAGGUGGACACCUUCAACUUCCCACCCAAGAAAGCCAUAGGGAACAAGGAUGCCAAGUUUGUGGAAGAAAGAAGGAAGCAGCUGCAGGGCUACCUUCGCAUGGUGAUGAACAAACUGAUCCAGGCGCUGCCAGAGUUCACAGCCAGCCCCACCAAAGAGACACUGCUGCUGCUGCUGCCUUUCUGUCAAGACUCGCCCCAAGCAAAUGAUGGUGGAGCCAAGACAUCGCGGUCGAAAACUUCAUCACGUUUCCCCAGAAUGGGCCGCAGGAACACCCAGGAAGCCAGACAUGAACCUCAGAGUGGUGACCUUUAACCCCAGAGCCUUUGAACUGAAAUCUGUGCGUAUGGUUGAUGGGGACAAUGGUGCAGUGCUGGUGGACUGUGAAUCACAGGCUCGACAUGUGAAAGGACAUUCAGAGCAUCUGAUGGAUGCUAAAGAUGUUAGAGAUAAAAUGCCUCGGUCACCUAAACUUACACUGCAGGCAAUUCCAGGAGAAUAUAAAAAGGUUUCUUUGUGGUGCCUGGCUAAGUAAGGGAUGAAUUACUCCCCUGAAACUGCCUAUUAAUGGACCCAAUCAAAUAGUGUCUUUUACCUCACUGAGAGACCAAAAGACUCUCUGCCAAGACUCUUUCUAAGACUCUAUAAACUGCACAUGGACUUGCCUGGAAUCCUCUCUAUUUUCUGAAACACACUGGGGACAUGUUUUUCUUAUUCUGCUAAGUUUUGUAGUGAAAGUGUUUCAUGGUCACAGUGCCUACAGUGUUUGUAGCUGCAUUCCUGCUCUGAGUAGGUAGGGAUGGGUAUACAUGUGAAGAGCGGGAAAAUUAAAGUCUUCUCUUGGAAAUGAACUUUUUUUUUCCUUCAGCUUACGUCUCAGCAUUAUAGUGCCAUUAUACUUUUGGACAACACUGAUUCACCAUCAGUGGCGUGGACCACCAGGCAAUGGGCAUUCCUUCUUCCUGCUUCUGAUAUAUUACUAUGGCUUUUAUAGAAAAUCUGUGAAACAUGUAACAUAUCUUAAUGUUACCAGGGAUUCAGUAAUUAUCAAAAAGGUCAGAAAUUCCACAUGUGAAAGGAUUAGGUUUAAAAACUCCUGGUUAAAUCAAAAUAUCAAUAGGACUGUGAAAAUAUAUGGUUGGGGUUUGACUUUCAAAAAGAAAAAGAAAAAUCAUAAGCCUCCCUUUUCCCUCCCCCUCAUAAGUUGUGAAUAGCCUCUUGUGAAGAAAGACCAUAAGUGAGUGUAAAUUCACAUGUCCUCAAAAAUAUUAUAUCACACAGUUGUCUUAGUUCAGUUGAUGACUUUGAUUUACAGUUAUAAGAAAAAGAUUGUGAACCCUUUGGGAUAACCAGGAUUGUGGAUUGCCACUUUUUAUGAAUAAUAAAUGCAGGUCAUUCCAAAGGAUUCGUAAAACUUUCCCUGCGUACACUAUAUGGACAAAAGUUUUGGGCCACAUUUUUAAAUUCAGGUGUUUUCAGUCUCAUUGCCACAGGUGUUUAAAAUCAGUCACCUAGCCAUGCAGUCUGCCGUUACAAAUAUUUGUGAAAGAAUGAGCUCACUGAAUUCCAGUGUGGUGCUAUAAUUGGAGAAAUGUAUUAUGUAAUGUAUUGUGAGAAUUCAUCACUCUUUGAUCUUUCACCAUUAACUUUAAGUGGUAUAAUAACAAAGUGGAAACAUUUUGGAAGCACAGCAGCUCAAGCCAUGAAGUGGCAGACAGCAUGU